GCAGGCGGGAAAAAGAGCUCUCCGGAGGACUCGAAAAGUCGAAACCCUUCCCAGUUUUCCCCCAAAACUCCCACUGGCUAGGACCGCACGAUGGCGCGGCGGAGGCUGGCGGACGACGGCGACGGCGCCGUCUCCAGGCUUCGAUUCGCACCAUCCUCGAACAAUAUGGUGGUGUCUUCCUGGGAUUCGGGGCUGCGGCUGUACGACGCGGAGGAGUCCACGCUCCGGCUGGAGGUGGAGUGUGAGGCAGCGCUUCUCGACUGCUGCUUCAAGGAUGAGACGGUGGCGUUAGCAGGCUGUUCGGAUGGAUAUGUAAUAAGGUAUGACUUGCAUUCAGGGGUUCAAGAUACAGUGGGGCUGCAUGAUGAUGGCGUUACCAGCACUGAGUUUUCUGAGAUUACUGGUCAAGUUGUGACGGCUGGCCUUGACAAGAAGUUAUUUUUUUGGGAUACACACACAAGUGUAAGGCCUGACAGCACUGUACCAUUAGAUUCAAUUGUGGCAUCACUUUCAGUCAGUGGCAUGUAUAUAUUAGUCGCUGUUGAGAGAGAUGUUUACUGGUAUGACAUGAGGAAUCUAACAGGACCAGUUAAAGUGAAAGAUUCACCUUUGAAACAUCACAUUAGAUGUCUUCAUGCUUCUCCGGGAUGGAACGGUUAUGCAGCAGGAUCUAUAAGUGGAACUGUUGCAUUGAAGUAUUUUGACCGUGGAGUAGAUGGUGAUAUGAGAUUUACUUUCCGAUGUCAUCCGAGAUCCAGAGAUGGAACAUCCAGUUUGGUUCCCAUAAAUAGCAUGGCCAUUCAUCCGUUCAAGAAAACUUUUGUCACUGGAGAUAAUGAAGGAUAUGCCAUCUCCUGGGAUGCCCAGUCAAAAAAGAAGCUGCUUGAGUUCCCAAGCUAUUCAGGGAGUGUGGCUUCUGUAGCGUAUAACCAUAGCGGUGAGCUUUUGGCAGUUGCGUCAAACUACAAUCAUCAAGAAGCAGAUAAAGUGGUGGCGGUGGAGAGGCACCAGAUAUACAUCGAAACGAUGCAGAACAUCCAAGGAAAGUCCCCCAUAGAGUAGAAGCUCUCUACCAAAAUUGGACCUGCCUACGUUUUGUACAACCAGUGGAGCCAAACAUGCUCCCCCGUAUUUCCCCCCUCUAACAUUAUUGAGCUGGGCAAAGUGUAGCAGCAUGUUGUAUUUUGUUGUAUGUUUUAGGCAUUGUUUUUUUUUUGUAUGUAUGUUUUAGGCAUUGUUGUUGCAUAGGUUAGCACCAAUUCCUUGUCCCAGCUUGUGUACGCAAUAGAAACUUGACUCCAACCCAUUGUUGUAUUUUUAAACUAUCAUGCAAUUGUAGAGUUGAACUUUGAUCCUGCAUAAA